UCUCAAUAUUUGUUAGUUUUUCAUUUAUAAAGUGAUUUCGUUUUAAUUUCAGUUAUAUCUCGGUAACGUCUUUUUUCAUAAAGUAUUCACCAUUCUGGUGGUUUAAUUUAUUCAAAAUGACAUCUUUCUCUAUCAAUUUAAUCCUUGUUUCUACAUUAGUUGUCUGUCUCGGACAAUUUGGUUUCUCGCUAUACUCACCAUCUUCUUCAGUUGUUGAUCUUACACCUGCUAAUUUUGAUGACAAAGUAUUAGAUUCUAAAACUAUUUGGAUUGUUGAAUUUUUCGCUCCAUGGUGUGGACAUUGUAAAUCGUUUGCUCCUGAGUACCAAAAGGCUGCUGAGGCUCUUAAAGGAGUUGUCAAAGUCGGUGCUGUUGAUGCUGAUGCUCAUGGAUCUCUUGGCCAAAAAUAUGGCAUCAGAGGCUUCCCUACUAUUAAAAUUUUUAUUCCUGGUAAAUCAUCUCCUAUUGAUUAUCAAGGUGCAAGGACAGCAAAAGGUUUAGUUGAUGCUGCUUUCCGUGAGUUGCGACAAAUUGUUGAUGAGCGAGUUGAUGGUGGACAAUCAAAAUCAUCUGGGGGUAAAAAUAAUGUCAUUGAAGUCACUGAUGCAAAUUUCAAAGAGAAAGUUCUCGAAAGUAAGGAACCUUUCUUAUUGGAAUUCUUUGCUCCUUGGUGUGGUCACUGUAAAAAUUUGGAACCAGUUUGGAGAUCAGUUGCUGAUGAAUUAGCAGAAGAAGGAGCUCCUGUCAAAAUCGGUGCACUCGAUGCCACUGUCAAUACUAUUACUGCUAAUGAAUACGGCAUCAAGGGUUUCCCAACUAUCAAACUGUUCGUUGAUGGUCAAGCUGAAGACUAUGAAGGAGGACGAAGUCGAACUGACAUUCUUGAAUAUGUUAAGGCUAAGAUCGCUGAUCGCGUACCUCCCCCAGAAAUCGUUCAGAUCACCAAGGAAUCAGUUUUAACUGAUUAUUGUGGUAAAGCUCAAUUGUGCGUAGUCAGUUUCUUACCACAUAUCUUAGAUUGUGAUUCAAAAUGUCGAAAUGAUUAUCUAAAUGUAUUGAAACAAAUAUCUGAAAAACAUAAGAAAUAUGGUUACCUAUGGGCAGAGGCUGUCGCUCAACCAAAAUUGGAAGAGGCUUUAGGAGUAGGUGGCUUUGGUUAUCCAGCUUUGGUUGCUCUUAACAUACGUAAAAUGAAAUACUCUACACUUAGAGGAUCUUUCAGUGUUGAUGGAGUUCACGAAUUCUUAAGAGACCUUAGCUAUGGUAAAGGAUCAUCAGUGCCAGUUCCAGGAGCCAAAUUACCCACUAUCGAGUCAAUUGAACCAUGGGAUGGUAAAGAUGGUGAACUUCCUACCGUGUCACCUUCUGAUGAGCUUUGAAAUUAAUAGAUAAUUUAUGUUUAAUAUUUUUCAUCGAAUGAAACUUAAUCCAAUGUAAACUAACUAGCUUUUUUAAUUGAAACUUCAAUCCGUUUAAAACAUAUUAAUCCGUUUAAAUGCGUUAAUCUGUUUAAAUGUUUGCAAGAUCGGUAUAAAAGGAGAACCAUCCAAACAUCAGAACCUCACUUGUUCUUAACAACAACCAUUGUCACUUUAUUGAUAUAAAUUUAUUUCAAUUUUUA